GGACGGCGCUUCAAUCACAUUUCUCACCGAUUACCUACGCAGUGCAUCCCACCACUUCUACUGUGUAACGCCGCCUCCUGGCCUCAAGACGGCAGACACGCCGUAUGGCUGCAUCGCCGUAUGGCUGCAUAAUUAAUUGAAGGCCAAUUACUCCAAAGCACCAGUAAGCAACCAGUAAGCAAACAGGAUAUCUGGUUCGUGCGAGCAUAUUUGUGUCACUUCAGUUAGGCACCUACUUCAAUCCAUUCUCCCCGACAUUGACCCACAAUGACUUGAUGAAUCACAUCGCACCACCAGCGCUCAGCUCUAUCCCGCUCGUUGUCUUGAGCGUGCAGACUGUGCACGAUAUUCCCCUCGUAACCCAGAUUAUUGCCAUCAUGUCCGAGUCUCAAGAGAUCCUCACGACGACCGUGACAGCCGAGAGCUUUCUCGCGGCUAUCAUCGUCUUGGUGGUUGUCCCAUCUUUGUUCGUAUUUGUCCGUGUAGCCAAUAGCUACCGCCAUACGAAGGGCCUUUACGCCGAUGAUUGGUUCUCCAUCGUCGCCGUUGUUUUUCUGGCCAUCAUAUGUGCCCUGUAUUAUAUCAUGAGAACCACGCUCAACGAUCCCGCCGUGGGUUUCCUGUACAUGGGGCGACUUAUCACAGCGGUGGGGUUCAUGGCUAUAUUCACGGUCUAUUUCGCCAAGGUCCCGAUCCUGCUUCUCUACCUACGCAUCUUUGGCGUCCAUAGGGGCGUGCGCAUCGUGUCAUGGAUCUUGCUGACGGUGCCGCUCGUAAUGCUCGUGGGCGCCGCCAUCUACGGCGCCGCCGUAUGUAGCCCGGAGAACAAGACGCUGGACCUGGUUUGGCUGCAGGGCUGCAUUCAGCCGUCAUUACGCAUCGGCGUGUGGAAUGGGUCUGUUUCGGUCGUUGUCGACAUUAUCAUCUUUGUCCUUCCUCUGCCCGUGAUUGCCGGGUUGAACCUGGACCGGAAGAAGAAGGUUGCAUUGGCCGUGGUGUUUCUGGCGGCUUUUCUUGGAAUCGCUGCAAGUGGUGUGACGCUUUACUUUCGAGGAGUUUCUCUCGCUGGUCGGGGUUCUUCGGGAGCCGAAGUUGGUCAAAUGCUGGGCCAGAUUAUCGAGUGCUCCAUUGCCAUCAUUGUUGGCUGCGCACCCGCGCUCCGCUCGUUUUGGACGGGACAUAUCACCCAGCUGGCCAUCUACUCGAGGCUUCAGUCUGCGCUCUCGACCACAAGAUUCAAGAAGUCCCAGGCCUCGAUGGACUCCAAGGCGCCAUCUGCGGGGGCCAGUUCUGAGCAUAUUGUCAAGGCGCAUGACUUUGUGGCACUCAACGAGAUCAGGGUAACCAGAGACACGCAGGUCGUAGUCACGAACGAGGAAUCUCAGCGGCGCUGGUGAUGCGGCUGUGACUGUAUCUACAAAUCUAGCUCGGGUACCUUGAUGAAUGGCAUUGCCAGUUGCAUGCAUCAUGAUGCAUGUGCCUUGAUUGGAAUUAACCGCGGAACUGGAAUUGAAUCUACAGCUAGCUAACUGUUGUCCUUCCUGUGAACCACCAUGGUCCAUGACUUCCCUCCAGACGAAACACAAUGUGAGAUGUCGGCACAAUCGGAACAGAAGGGGCAGAUUUGACCAGUUUAGCCAUAUUAAUUCCUUUGCUCCAAGGAAUUGCCCCCGGUACGGCGUAGUUGAUAACACUGAUAUUCGUUCUCUGCAGACUGACUGUUCAGGCAGUCCUCAACAUGGCCUGUCAGGGGGGUUGGAGG